CCGGGCGCGGGGAAGGGCCCUGGACUGGGCCAAGGCAGCGGCGGGCGGCGGCGCGGGGUCACGGCGGCGCCAUGGGGAAGCGGGAUAACCGUGUGGCUUAUAUGAAUCCCAUAGCUAUGGCCAGGGCACGAGGUCCUGCCCCAAAUUCAGGACCAACAAUACAAGACUACUUGAACAGGCCAAGACCAACAUGGGAAGAAGUGAAAGAGCAACUAGAAAAGAAAAAGAAAGGAUCCAGGGCUUUGGCUGAGUUUGAAGAAAAGAUGAAUGAGAAUUGGAGGAAAGAACUGGAAAAACACAGGGAGAAAUUACUCGGUGGAAAUGAGAGCUCCUCCAAAAAAAAGGAGAAAAAGAAAAAGGAAAAGAAGAAGUCUAAUAGGUUGUCUUCAUCUUCCUCUUCUUCAUCAAGCUCUGAUUCUUCCAGCAGUUCAUCUGAUUCAGAAGAUGAGGAUAAAAAGCAAGGGAAGAAAAGAAGGAAGAAGAAGUAUCGCUCCUCACGGAAAUCUUCAGCAAGCACAACUUCAGAAUCUGAGUCAGACAGCAAGGAUAGCACAAAAAAGAAGAGGUCAAAGGAAGACUGUGAGAAAGAGAAGGACGGUAAAAAUCACCACAGGAAAAGGAAGAAAGCAGAUCGUGGUGAUGCGCCUUUAUCGUCAGAAUCUGUAUCUGAAUCGGACCAGACAGAGGAGGUGCAAGCGAAAAAGAAGAAAAGCAAUGAGGAAAAAGAGAAAACAGAUAAAACAAAAAAGAGAAAGAAGCACAAGAAACAUGGUAAAAAGAAGAAAAAGAAGACUGCUGGUUCAAAUUCCGAUUCAGAAUAAUAUUUUAAAACAACCGGAGACUAUCAACAGAAGUGCAAUGACUGAAGGAAACUUAAACUGUGAAAUGACAGCAAACUUCACCAAACUGCAUGAGUUUU